CCUCGCAAGAAGACCAGUAUCUUGCAGUUUCCGAACAGCCAUCAGGCCACUCAGCUGGACAAUUCACCCUACCCCGCCUGCAGUCCUGAUUACCUUGCUUCUCUCGAGUUAUCUACUAGUAGCCGGGGUUUAGCUUCGGUCGCAUCGGCUGCCUCUACAACUUCCAGCUUCUCUGUGAACUCUCAUCAGCCUGGUUCCCCUGAGCUUCCACAAUACAGCCUACCUUCGUCUGUCCGUCAAGCUGCCUUAAAUUUGCAUAAUCUGCCAGCUUCAAUUAAUGACUCCGAAAUGGUAUCUAACUCGACCGUACUUCCUAAUAUUCCAAUUUCGUUGGGUUCGCCUAGGAUCUCCACUAAAUCGUCGCCUAAUGGAUACCCAUCGCCCGCCCAGCCACCCUCCGACUUGGAUCCACUCCUUCUUCGACCAGGUCAAAUGACCUCAGGGCAAACGCCGCAGCUACAGCACUCUAAAAAGCCAUUUUUCAGCCAAUCUGUCCCAGUAUCUAUGACAGGAAAUUUGACUGGACCUUCUAGCUCAAUACAUCCGACAUCAAAGCCAGCAUCGCCGCAACCUUUGCUAAAGCACGAGCACUUGUCAGCGCAUAUUGACACGUCGCCUGCCCCUCUUUCUGAUUCGGCAUCUGUGCCACCCUCAACUGUGUUAGCUGUACAAGAUAUUUUGCCACCACACAGUCCAAAGCGUAAAGAGCAGAUAGCUUCGGUAUCCCCUAAGAUCCAUCAGACUUCGCUAGCACUUGAUGAAGAAGCUGUCUACAGCAGUGGUGGUGUGAGUCCUAUCUUCCAUUAUUUUUUUUUAUGUUGA